CGGUUGCUGCGCAGCGCGUGAAGACAGAAGCGUCCGGCUCGGAUCGGAGGGAGAGUGAAGAGGCACAGAUAAGUGUUGUUGUAGCCGAAAUCACCUUCUGUCCAGUUCACACGCUGCAGCCACUGGGUUGAAAACACCGCAGUUGCCUCUCGGGUUUUACCAAGAAGAGGGACCGCUUCGGGGUGGGAUAAAAACAGGAUUUUCCCAGACGGCGAGAAGUUUGUGCGCGGAGUUUCAAGAGGAGUUUCGGGUGACUGAGCUAGUCUGGCUGUCCGCUGCGCUUCCCUCCUGCCCCGGUCAGCCAGCCAUAAGUUAGUCCGCUAUCCUGGUGUUCUUCUAGCUGACGUGAAUCAUGGCGCUCAGAGCCAGGGCGCUGUAUGACUUCAACUCUGAAAACCCAGGGGAGGUGUCGGUGAGGGAGAACGAAAUCCUAACUUUGUACAGCGAACAGGACAUUGACGGCUGGUUUGAGGGGGCGAACAGCAAAGGGGAGAGGGGAUUGUUCCCCGCUUCCUACGUGGAGAUCCUGAAGAACGACGCCGCCUCCACGUUCAACAACAACAGCUGCACCACAUCUGGGGACACUUACCCGGACUCCCGAUACGCAAACAUCCCAUCCGGAGGCUUUGACGGCUCUUAUAAGCCUCAGAAUAAAGUUGAGAACCUUUCUAAAUCUUCUUCGCCCGGUUUUACCUCUUUCACUCAACAGCAGCAGCAACCACAGCAAGUGAACACUUACCAGCAGCAGCCCAGCCACGGGAGCGAUGAUGACUGGGACGAUGACUGGGAUGACAGCUCUACUGUCGCAGAUGAGCCAGGGACUGUAGGAGGAAGGUAUCAUGACUUUGAGGGCAAUGGGCCAUCCACUUACAGAGUGUCAACGUCCUCAAUGUCAAGAGGUAAUGCACAGCAUGCAAAAAGCUCUGCCACAGUCAGUAGAAACCUGAACAGGUUUUCAACCUUUGUGAAGUCAGGAGGAGAGGCGUUUGUGCUCGGCGAGGCAGCAGGCUUCGUGAAGGAUGGAGAUAAGAUCUGCGUGGUAAUGGGUCAGUAUGGUCCCGAGUGGCAGGAGAACCCGUACCCAUUCACUUGCACAAUUGAUGACCCCACUAAACAGACAAAGUUCAAGGGUAUGAAAAGUUACAUCUCCUAUAAGCUGACGCCCACCCACACACAAAACCAGGUGAACAGGAGGUAUAAGCACUUUGACUGGCUGUACGCUCGACUGGUGGAGAAAUUUCCUGUUAUAUCAGUGCCACACAUACCCGAGAAGCAGGCCACAGGGCGCUUUGAAGAGGACUUCAUCUCCAAGAGGAGGAAAGGCCUCAUAUGGUGGAUGAACCACAUGACCAGCCACCCCGUCCUGGCCAGGUGUGAUGUCUUCCAGCACUUCCUCACCUGCAACAGCACAGACGAGAAGGCCUGGAAGCAGGGUAAGAGGAAGGCGGAGAAGGACGAGAUGGUUGGAGCCAACUUUUUCCUCACUAUCAGCACCCCUGCAGCUCCGCUUGACUUCCAGGAGGUCGAGAGCAAAAUAGAUGGCUUCAAGACUUUCACCAAAAGGAUGGACGAUAGCACCUUGCAGCUCAAUGCCACGGUCAGUGAGUUUGCCCGCAAGCAGAUCAGCGGCUUUAAGAAGGAGUAUCAGAAAGUGGGGCUGUCAUUCAGGGUCCUCAGCCAGGCCUUUGAAAUGGACCAGCAGGCGUACUCUGCUGGACUCAACCAGGCUAUCUCCUUCACUGGGGAGGCGUACGAAGCCAUUGGAGAGUAUUUUGCUGAGCAGCCCAGCAAGGAUCUGGACCCGAUCAUGGAUUUGUUAGGUCUUUACCAAGGACACCUGGCAAACUACCCAGACAUCAUACAUGUCCAGAAAGGAGCCCUGACGAAGGUGAAGGAGAGCCAGAAGCACGUGGAGGAGGGCAAGAUGGACCCGGCACAGGCGGAAGGCAUCAACGAGCGCUGCAACAUCAUCUCCUGUGCCACGCUGGCGGAGAUCCAGCACUUCCACCAGAUCCGAGUGCGUGACUUCAAGGCACAGAUGCAGCACUACCUACAGCAGCAGAUCGCCUUCUUCCAAAAAGUCACAGGCAAGCUAGAGGAGGCUCUGCAGAAAUACGACAACGCGUAAUAGAACGCUUGUAUCUGCUUGUUGGUAUCGACCUUGGUGAUCCAUGAUCGUGCACCUCCAUCAGCCAGCCGGUGAAGUUCAGCAAACAGCCAGCAUACUGCUGAAUGCUGUUCAUCCAGCAGGGAGGGACAUUCAAGGAGAUCACGCUCCAGUUAUAAAGACAAAUCCAGGUUUCUGUGUGUGUUGGCCACUUAUUUGCAGACUGGGUAUCCUUGUUUAAUAGAGGACGUGUAAUUUAAUGAAGUUAGGCUGACUUGUAAUGCAGACAACAGUCUUUUACCUUUAGAUUUGAUGGGAAUUGGUGAUAAUAAUGGCACACCAAUAGGUUGGGUGCAUGGGUGAAUUCAGUCUAAUCAAUGUAAUGACCUGCAGAGAACCUUGUAUUCGCUGCUGUCUACAUGGUGCAAGAUUUCAUAUAUCAAGUGUUUUUAGCCUUACAACGCUGUUUUUAAAGGACUGUUUUUAAGUGACUGCCUCUCCAGGAGCAGCAAUGCUCCAGUGGCUAACACACUGCCUUCUGGAAAUACUCAAGCCCCUCCUGGUCUCUCUCUCUCCUUGGACAAACAGUACAAAAUGUUUACAGUCUCCUUGCUGAGCAGCCACUGUUACCACUGUCUCGCUGUGCCUUCUGAUUAUGUCUCUCUGGUCAUUUUUGUUACUCGUUACUAAAAAAAAAAAAAAAGCCUUAUAUACUGUAAAUGUAGGAAUAUAUUCUAUUUGUUUUUAGAAAGCCACAAAUUUUGCAGUCUUUGGGAAAAAAAAACAAAAGAUCACUGUGGUCUUUUAUGGGAGAUAAUAUUGUUUCAUUUUCUUUUGUUUUUUCCCCCCACUGGCCCUGGUAUUGAUUUUCAGUGCUCACAGUGUGACAAAUUCAGGAUCAAGAAAGGGUUACCUGCUUUGACAGUAGGAUCCCAUGCAUUACACAUGGCACAGCCAGCACUGGUGCUGAUUUAAACAUGCAGAAUUUAAGGGACGGGUACAAUGCACACUUGAUGUGUCGGUUACUGAAUUUAUGACGACAAAACUUUGGUUUUGAGGCUUAGUUUUGGGUUGGUGUUCAGAGGGAGGCUGUUAGAGGGUACGGGGCUCCUCAUCUGUUUUAAUAAUGCAGUCAUUUAAAUAGCACACUUCUAGACAGUUCAGCUGUACUGCUGUUUGUAACCUUUAUGAUGUUGGUUGCAUCAUGAAGAGAUUAACAUAGAAGCAGAGACAAAAAUAAAUUUCUCCUUCACAC